GAGCCAUCCAAGAAGAAGAGACGUCGCCAAAUGUGUCGAAGGGUUAUGACCAAACUGAGUAAAUUUAUCAGAAUAAUCGGUCGAUGUAACUGAUGACGCCAUUUUCUGCCAUUCCCAUUAUUUUCCGGAAGCGCUGUAAAAAAAGGACAUUUGAAGCCAACAUGUUCAACGGCCAAAUCGUUCCGGCAUUGCUUCUUUAGUUCGCCUGAUCUGCUCUUCGCCUCGUGUAGGAUGCACAUAUGCUUCGUCGUGUCAUCUGCCCUUGAACCGGCUCCCCCCCUCGGUCUGACGACAACAAUCGCGUUUGUUUAGUUUCGUCAUGAAAACAGUGCCAUGGUAUCCUUGGGCUUUCGCGUUCUUCCUGGGUACCGAUCUGGCCUGCGCGGAGCAAUGCCGUCUUCAAUACAAACAAUCAUCGACGGUAUCAACUGGAGUGAACGUCACACCCCCCAGCAGCGGUGCCUCGACGUCCUCCCGACCAACAGCAGCAGCGACGCAGUCCGGGCCAACGUCCACGCCAUCGGCAACUCCGUUUGACUAUGGGAACGAAACUAUACGCGGGGUAAAUCUAGGUGGAUGGUUUGUUUUGGAGCCGUGGAUAACUCCCAGCAUAUUCCAGAACACGAACAACGAUGAUAUUAUCGAUGAAUACACCUUUGGGAGCAUGCAAGACUAUGACCAGGCCCUUGCUGUCCUGAAGGAACAUUGGGACACGUGGAUAACCGAAGAUGACUUCGCAGCCAUCAACGCUGCUGGGCUAAACCAUGUUCGUAUUCCAUUAGGCUACUGGUCAGUCCCCAUGACGUCCUCGGACACUAACAGCGGCACAUCCGUCUCGCCUUAUGUCCCCGGUGCAUGGCAAUACCUCUUACGCGCACUCAACUGGGCAAAGGCUCACGACGUUCAUGUCAUCCUGGAUCUUCACGGUGCCCCAGGGUCGCAGAAUGGCUACGACAACUCCGGACAGCGCACGUCCAACCCACAAUGGGGAUCCAACGCCACAGACGUCGCUCGCACCGUCGACACGGUGAAAUACAUCGCCCAGCACAUUGGUGGGAUGAUCGAUGUACUUGAACUGCUAAACGAAGCAGCAGGGUUCACGUCUAGCGCUUGGGCUGCAGUCAUCAGGCAAUUCUUCCAAGACGGCUACGAUGCCGUAAGAGAGGUGGCACCCAGUGGCAUGAAAAUCAUGAUUGGCGACGCGUUCCUCACUGUAGACGCGUGGACGGAUUUCCUUACCGCACCGAAUGGUACCGGCGUGAUGAUGGAUUAUCACGAGUAUCAGAUAUUUAGUGACGCUGAACUUUCACGAUCUCUUGACGAACACGUAUCCUUCGCAUGUACUCACAUCCCCGAUCUCACUUCGUUUGCCCGUUCCAACCUAUGGACAGUGUUGGGUGAAUGGUCGAACGCGCCCACAGACUGCGCUCAGUGGUUAAAUGGGAGGGGUGUUGGUGCACGGUGGGACGGCACGAUCACUGCAAACUCCCAGUACCUUGGGUCUUGCAAUGGGUGGACGGGAAGUUCGAGCAACUUUUCGGAUGAUUACAAGACGUUUUUGAGGAAAUAUUGGGAGGUACAAGUCGAGGUUGGAGAAGCUGUACAAGGAUGGGUUUUCUGGACGUGGAAGGCCGAGAACGCUGAUGAAUGGAGCUAUCAGAAAGGGCUCGAAGGUGGAUGGAUUCCUACAGAUCCUACAGAUAGAUUAUAUCCAAACAUAUGUUCAUAGAAGCAUAUCAUGACGGACGAUACAUAGAUUAUAAUUCGCCGGCUUUGCUCCUUUCCGAGCUUUUUAGAGCAGACUAUCCAACCAGACAUUAUUCGAUGGCUUUGAUAUUGCACAUGAUAUAUUGUUGUACAUCAUAAAUUAUCCAUAUUAUUGAACGAUGGCAUC